GUGAGUUACCGUCACUCCAGCUUCCCGGAGAGGCAUACGCAGCCGAUGGGCACACGCCAUACCCCGGAGUCUGAUGGCGUCGAUUUUCUGCGGACCAUGAUCCAGACUACUGCCACGGCGACCAUAAAGAGGCAUAACUCCGAGUCGCCAUGGUCGCCACAGCCCCAGACGCCACGGCCAAACCCGCUGUUUACAAUCAUGGCCUCACACUAGGGAACCGAGAGCGCACACGCGGUGAUGCAGCGGGUUAUACACUCCAGAUCUAUGCCCGGGUCGCCCGCGCCAAAACAGAAGAACAGCCAGGAGACACUCCGUCCCGCUCCAUGCCCGCCAACCCGACCAGCACGCCAAGUGCCCAGACGCAUGACUAGCCUGAAAACGGUCUCGCUGCUCUCGCCCAUCACAGCACAACAGGGUGGAUUAGAUGGCACCGCGCCGGAACAUGGGCCUGCAGCCGAGGUCAGACACGCCCAGAGAGCAGCGUCAAGCAGGACGGGAACCCGGCAGAGCUCCUUGGCAACCCCUACCAUGACGCCGACAUCUAUAGUAGCACCUGCGACGAGCCCCGGAAGGAAGAAUAGCUACCGCCUGAGCAGGGCCAAGAAGGCAGCAUUCGUCUCACAAGUCUCGUCGUCCCCCAGCGGACCGUCUUCGUCAUCAACGCCGUCUUCUUCCUCGCCUGCAAAGAACAGAAGUAGGAGGAGCGCGAGUCCUACUACCCCUGUCGUGGCGGAUGUGAAGAUGAUAGGAGGGCCCCGACAAGAGAAAGCCGGCCGGCCAGAGAAGAGGACCGCGCCGCCUGUGGGAGGUGCCCGAGGGAGGAGCAGUAAUGGUGUCGGUAGUGAUAAUGCCAAGGCCAAGAAGGAGAACCGGAAGGAUCGGGGGUGGAGUUGGGUCAGUUGGUGGCAAUGAAAAAGCAGCAAUGUGCGUCCGUAGUAAGAGUUCGUGAUGGCGGCAGUUUUGAUCUGUCUUUGCCGCCAAGUAAUU